CAAGACUAAAAACGUCAAGUCUAUUUCACUAUAGUAGCAGCAGUUGUUCACUGCUAUUCACAGCCAAGGUGCUGAUCAAAACGUAUGAGCUGUGAGCCGGGGUAGAAGGCGGUUUACUCGGAGUUAAUUGCAGAAAAGUAAUUCAUGGCAACAAGAUUCAUAAGGAAUGGUUUAGCAAUAUUGAUUACUCUUUCAUUUUGCGGAAUGAUAUAUUAUCUGUAUGAAACCUCUACCCAAGAAAGAUGGCGAAAACACAAUCUUGGUAUGAAUAUGCUGGGAAGCUACAUGGAACUGCCAACUUCAAUGAACUACUCUAUUGAACCUACUCUCUUUCAUCCUAUGAGUUCAUUCAAACAGUUUGGUUUGGAAGAAAUAAGUUUUUUAAAGAAGAUGGAUACAAAACGGUCCUUGUUUAACAUUACUAUGGCACCCUGGAAAAUGAUGUGUACAAAUAAUACCAAUCAUUCAACAGAUUCUCGAUGGGCAAUGAUUGUUGCAGUCAAGACAGGAUACAAUAGGAUUGAACAACGAAAUCGUAUCAGAAAAACAUGGGGUUUCAAUAAGUUUCUCGAUGGAGUUUGUUUAGAUGUUAUUUUUGUUGUUGCGAGUACAACAACCACAGAAGAGAACCUUAACUUGAGAAAAGAAGAAUCAGUACAUGGCGAUAUUUUACAGGUUGAAUUGGAAGAAACAUAUCGAAACAUUGGAUUGAAAGCCCUAGCUUCUAUGCAAUGGACAGCUGAUCAUUUCCCAAGCAAUUGGAUAUAUUCAUCAGCAGAUGAUGACAUGUCACCGGAUUUUUCUCGUUUAUACAAAAAUAUAGAAAAAUUAAUGUCAGAAAAAGAGAAUUUCUCCAAAUACUCUGUCAGUGGUGUUUCAUAUGAUAAGUUGAACACACAAAAAUUACCAAUAUUUUGCGCCUAUAGCUACCGACCAACCGCAAAACCAAAACGAAAUAAAUGCAAAUGGCAGAUCAGCGUGGAAAUUUAUCCAUAUGAAUAUUAUCCACCGUUUUGUUUGGGAGGUUUUUAUUCAAUGUCAGUGAAACAAGCAAGCGCAAUUUACACUGUUUCAAGAUGGUAUCCCUAUUUUCAUUUGGAUGAUGUUUGGAUAACAGGAUUUAUGAGGCUUCGUUUCUGCGAUUCAAUGACAGACCGGGAAUUCAUAUUCAACAAGACAGAUAUCAACUGUGGAAUAUCUACCAUGGCUGGAGGCAGAGUAAAACACGGCUUUUAACUGUUGUAAUACUUUGUUGGAAUAUGUGUACUAUUCGGCUCACAAUAUAAAAGCUGAAAGUGCCAAAGUGGGUUAGAUUACACUUAUUACUUUGUGUCGAAAGUCUUAUUUGAAUAUUCAGUUUUGGUCUUUUUCAUUUUUCUCGAACGCCAUUGAAUGAUGUGCUUAUGUUAUAUAUUUGUAGAAGUAAAUAUUGAAGGCUUAUGAAAAGUUGGGCCUGAAAUGCACGAACAAGAUUCGUUAGAAUUUUUUGAUAUUAUCAAAGCCGGUCUAUUCUUAUAUAUAUAUCAGAUUUGAACAAUUCACCUUGAAGGCUGAUAGCGACAAUUUUCACGUAUUUUCAGAAAUGUAAAUUAACACGUUUCAUACUCCAGCACAAAUUGCUUGCAUGCUGAACUUUCCGGAAAGAAAAUCAACUGUUUCCGGGAAAGAGCUAAAACGCUAUUACUUUUUUCUUUUAAAUUUUAUCUGAGUCUUAUGGGACCCGAUAUGCCACCAAAAUUUUCUUUCUUCAUUUUAUUGUAACACAUUUUAUGGAGUAAGUCAACUCUUUGAGAAAUAACAAGCAAUAGUUGACCAAAUCUAUCAGCCCGGGUCGAAGCCAAGGGUGACGCAUUCUGUGAAUAUAACAAUACCACUUCUGAAAUUAAUUUGAAUCUUGUUUUGUCCGCAGUGACAUAU